GCUCUUACAAAUACACGUUGUACAAGCCACUGCAGCUGAUCUGUCCAUCUAUCGCUUCUUGACGCACAUGGUUCCGCCAGACAAUACGGUCAGCACACCACAGGAACAUGCCCAAAGGCCACGGCGCCAUUGAGCAUCUGCCUGUGCGUGCUGGCCUUCAUCUGGAGGGAACCAUGGCAGAUAGGCUGUCAGGGAGCAUCACGUCAUCACGUAGCCCGUAGAUUACACGCAAAAACAUAUACACGGAGCAUCGCCUGCAUCGUGCGAUCGAUGUCAGUCUUCGUCUUCGCCCUUCCUGUCGAUAGCACCCGCACGCAUCGCAUCGAUGUGAGCUGCAAGAACACAUGCGCACUCACGCACGACUGUAUCCGCCGUAAGAGCAGACAGACGAGUGUCUGUCUGCAUUUGCUGGCUGACUGACCCUUGUAUUGUUCCUCGUCGAUAAGCAGCCGCAGCUCACGAAGCGUGUAGCGCUCGGCAGCAAACCUGAGGGAGGAAUCAUAGACAUGGCCAAGCAGGAGCGCGUAAGAGAUCUCACACGUGUGUGUAUGUGAUGUGACACAUACGAGAAUUUCUUGCCGGUGACCAUCUCGAUGUCUAUCUUUGCAGGAGCGUUGUAGCUGCACACACACACACAGUCAGUCAGUCAGUCAGACAGACCUGAGCCCAUCGCCUCCCCGUGUGCAUCUCAUCUCAUCUCUGCCCUCCCUCCUCCCUUCCUGCAAGAGAUCCUGUCUGCCUGGCUGGCUCACUGCCUGACCCGAGCAGCUCAUAGCUGGUCUCCAGUUUGGGGUAGGUUUUCCUGGUGUCUGGGUGCGUCAUGCGGUGGACCAGCCACCUGCAGCUGUCGGUGUUGGGCUGCCCGGGGCGGUAGGCCACAUGCACCCUCUUGAUGUACGCCAGGAAGUCCAGACGAGGAAAGAGGUUAUACUUCAUUUCUUACUGCGGCGAUCAGCCUGGCGGCCUCCUCAGCACCUCUGGCCGCCUCAUUUGCUGUCAGAAUGGCUCCUUUUCCC